AUGAUAAUUAUGAGUUGCAGAGAUUAUCAAGUUAUACCAGAACUAGAUCGAUAUGUUGCUGAGAGUAUUGGUGAUGAAGAUGUUGAUGCCAUAACACUUGAUCAACGUCGAGAAGUUGAUGGAUUAAUCAAACGUCGAGAGCGAGAAAAACGGCGACGUCUCGGAAUUGAAAAUGAUUUUGGUGACGAUGAAUCGGAUAUUGACACUAGACAUUUUCAGUGUCAUAAGCGUCGACAGGAUGAAAGCCAAGAUGAUGGAUGUAUAUUUGAACAUUUGCACAAGCUAAUUGGAAUUAACGAUGUAGUUACAACUUCAGCUGGUGUACUUGCACAAGAGAGCCCUAGAGCAGUGCCAUCCGAACGAAUUCGACGAUCAAAAGAGAUUUUAUUGUUAAGUGAUCUUUGUGAUACAUGUCGACCAGGAGACGGAAUUAUAUCAUUUUAUGAAACAUUGACUGAUGAAGAUAUUCAAGAAAUAAUAAAAUCAUCUGGUAAUCCUCGUAUUACUCAUAGAAUUUAUACUAGUAUCGCGCCAUCUAUUUAUGGUUAUGAAAUUAUCAAAAAGUCAAUUGCCAUUGCAGUGAAGGAAAAAAUCCUGGUGUUUCAAGGUUAUCUAACAUAUAAAAAGGAUAAUAAUGAAUUUCUUUUGUUUUUACUUAAACAAUUGGUUCAAGAAUUUAUUGUAUAUCAACAUGAUCAUUUGAAUGCACCAAAUAAAAUUUGUAAAGAAAAUCUUAUUAGUCGAGCACGACAAUAUGGUGUAGUGGAUUUACAACAGUUUUAUCAGUCAACAUUAUUUCGUUUUCAUGGUUUUAAAUAUGAAGAUAAAUUGAUUGUUUAA